ACAAAAUAAUUCUUUACAUUCUCUCUGUAGGCUUCUUAAUAGACAAAUACCUUCUGGACCGAGAUCAGCGCAAAUGACUCAAUUAGAAGAAAUCAACUUACAUUUUGCAAGCAAUCAUAUAAAGUUAAAAAUGGAAUGGCUCCGGGAAGUUGUUAAUUUUCUCUCAAACAUUGAGAUCAGUACAGACAAAUUAAUAGGUUUAGUUUAUCAACAAUGGAUUUACUCAAAUAUUCAACAAAGUACUGAACCUAUUAAAGAAUUUGAGAAUUCUAAUGAUAUUUUUGAUUUGCCACAACCCCUACUUUUACAGAUUGAAUCUGUUACCGAUAUAGGCACUUCUUUUCUUAAACAAUACCAAACACUUGUACAAAAAGACUACGAUGAAACCGCCGCUGAACUAGGUGUUAUUGAUUCAGACGACUACAAAAUUGAUAAAAAGUUUAAAUGUUUUUCUCUUCAACUAACCGAUGGAGAAAGGAUUUUUAAGGCUUUUGAACAAAAACGUAUUCCAAACCUAUUGUUAUCUACACCUCCUGGAAGCAAGAUUUUACUUUUUCGUGGGACGCGGAUUAAUCAAAAUAUUAUGUUUCUCGAUCCAAAAAAAUGUCAGUUAUUGGGUGGUGCCGUCUAUGAUCUUAUAUUACAAAAUAAUUCUUUACAUUUUAUUUCUGGACAGAUAAAUGAACAAAUACACUCUCAACAAAAUGAAUUUGUAAUAUUUAGAUUUCAGAAAUAA